AUGCAAGUGAACGACAUCCAAGCCGACCCCAAUACUCGAAGUCAGUGAAACGAACCUGUUGGUUUUGAAAACAACGAAGAUUCCGUGAAUACAAUCCAUUCACUCAACUCCCACAUUAUUAGUACGAGUACACUUGGUCGCCAUUUUCACAACCUGCUGCAUGGCUAUUAUAGCAGACCUUAUCAUGACCGACAGAGCAGCAAACUUCGUUAUAUUCGCUGCAAAAUGAACCACCCUAAACACGCAUGGUGCAGGUUGAAGCCUAUCCACUAACCGCCGGCACGUCGGGUUACAGUGACCGAUGGUAAGCACCAAACGUUGCUCAUUGCAUUUCAAGCAGGCUACGAAGUAGCAGAAUCGUAACCCAAUAUGCCCCACUCGCAGAGAACGUCGCGUCGUUGGGAGGAGUGGUCCAGUUCCAAGCACCGUCCCCGACGGCACCGAUCGGAGAUUUUGGGAGUGUUAACGCCCGAUCGCAUUGGUGACCACCUUGUGGCUCGCUGCAUGGCGCUCGAAGACUUUCGUGCUCGAAAUCUGACCAACGUGUGGCUUCCGGAAGUGCUGGGCGGUCCACGGAUGAGUCACAGGUCGCGCCAAGUGUUGCAGGGCAUCAUUGACGCUGUGAGCGAUCAGGUUGUAGCUGUCAUCGCAUACGAAAACGAGUCGAAUGUACUCGUUCAGUUGGCGCAGACUGGGUACAUCGUGCAGCAUAUUUUAAAGCUGAAUCGCCUGUUAGACGUCGCGUUGGAGAUGUACGGCAUCAAAGAAUCUCACAGCAUGAUUGAAUGGCAGACUGUUUUCGGACAAGAGCGUCAGGAGCGCAUGACGAGAUUUCAAAAAAUAGUGGCAAACAAAAAUCUGUUGAUGCAGAUGUUGGGCGACCAACAGCAGCAGCUACAGAUAUUGACAUUGCUGGUGUACGAUAUCCAGAAACACGGAGAUGAAACGUUUACAGAUUUGGAGUACAGCGUUAUCAUCGACGUAUAUCAUGCGUGUGUUAAACUCUCCGGUCUAACAGUGGUGACUGUCCCGGAAUGGUUUGUCCCGGCCCACGAAACUCGAGAGAAUCUAUGGCAAGGCACUAAAGUUGACGUGGAGUGUCUAACUCAAAGCGAGGAGUCUUGUAUUCGACAAGUUUCGGCCUGGUGGGAUCUGCAUCAACCUCAUGUGGCGAAGCUGUUCGGUGCGUGUCACGUCGGGAAUGAUCUUUUCCUGGUACACGAGAGUGCGCAAAAUGUGAAGAAUUCGGUUGUGAGUCAAGACAUCCAGCUUGGAACUGUUCAUAUUCGUCAGUUCCUUGAUGAGCGCAAAUUUGGGCGGUUAUUCUCCACCGAGAAUGAGAGAAAGGUGGUGCGUCCCGGUGGAGAGCUGCUUUCAUCUCGUGUGACCUCCCCCAGCGUGAAUUUGAAGAAGCAGCAGCGAAAUGCCAGCCCAGCAUUGACACUGUGUCCUGCCUUCUCUAAGCACAAGGAAUGGGGACUCCUCAAAGAAACAUGCGCCGAUGAUAUUAUCAUCCACGACGCUGGUAACGCCAUGAAGCAGCUCCACAGCAACAAACCCCGCAGGCGUUUCUGGAAUCGAAAAGUACAUCAAUCAACGAAGAAUGCAUCCAGCAUCGUGAGAUAUUCGCAAAGUUACGAUCCGAAGUUGAAUUUGUCCGUGGAGAGGUUGUUUGAAGAGACCACGGACAAGGUUUGGGCGAUUGAACGGACAGCUUCAAGUAUUGUGGGACUCUCUCGACAAAGCCCAAAGUGGUUUAUUCCUCGUUACGAAGUUGAGAUUGGGAGUCGAAUCAGCGCCGGGUCUUUUGGAGCUGUUCAUCAUGGCAAAUGGCUCAACGCCAGUGUCGCUGUCAAGUGUUUGUUUCGAAGCGACAGAAAGCUUUUCUUGCGUGAAGCGAAUAUUUGGUUCUCUCUUAACCACCCGAACGUCAUCAAACUCUACGGAGCCUGUCACGUUGGCAAAACCUCGACACGAAGUCUGGAUGAACCUGUAAACCGAACAGAGCAAAGACCAUUCUUCGUGUGUGAAUACGCGAGUGAAGGCACCCUCAAUGAAUAUCUCAAGAAAUGGGAAGUCGAGCAUAAAUCUCGUUCCGACGCCUGGAGAUGCCUAUGCGAAGCUGCUCGAGGGCUCCAGUACUUGCAUGAGCGCGGCAUCAUUCACGGCGACCUCAAAGGCAACAACAUCCUCGUGAGUUCUGACCACCAAGUAAAAUUAACGGACUUUGGUUUAAGCACAUUAGCCAAACAGUUGAACUGGACAGGCAAUACCGGGACUGUCGGUGCGAUUCGAUGGAAGGCACCAGAGCGUCUUGGAGGUCACGACCGAGGACCAUCCUUCGCUUCCGAUGUUUAUUCCUUCGGCAUGUGUAUCAUCGAAGCUGUGACCGGGAGAUUCCCGUGGAGUGAAUUUAUGGACGAAGACUUGGUCGUAUCGGAGGUGACUCAAGGUAAACUCCCUCCUCGGCCAGAAGCUUUCAAUAAUGAGAUGUGGGAUCUGGUAGCGCGUAUGUGCUGCCAGAAUCCUGCCGACCGAAUCACCAUAUCCACUGCCGUUGCUCUACUCGACUAGUUCUGUUGAAUAACGUUAAAUCAUAUUUGUAGCAAGUCAAACGUAACAUGAACUGUAAAAUGCAAAAGGUG